AUGGCUCCGACAGGCUCUGAUGAUGAAGGUACUUUUGCUGAAGUUUCUAAAAAGCGGCUGAAGUCUAAGCUGCAGGAGAAGUACCAGCAUGUGUCUGAGGGGAUUGCUAAAGCAGGAAAGACAACCCUUCUGGAGCAGAUCUACACGGAGCUCUACAUCACAGAGGGAGGGACCGGAGAGGUCAACAAUGAACAUGAAGUCAGACAGAUUGAAGCAGCUUCCAGGAAACCAGACGGAGCAGAAACAACCAUCAGACAGGAAGACAUCUUUAAACCCCCACCUGGAAGAGAUAAACCAAUCAGAACAGUGAUGACGAAGGGAGUGGCCGGCAUCGGGAAAACAGUCCUAACACAGAAGUUCAGUCUGGACUGGGCUGAAGGCAGAACCAACCAGGACAUCCAGUUCCUGCUUCCAUUCACCUUCAGACAGCUGAAUGGGCUGAAAGAGAGAAAGUUCAGCUUGGUGGAACUAAUUCAUCGAUUCUUCACUGAAACCAAAGGAAUCUGCAACUUUGAAGACUUCCAGGUCGUGUUCAUCUUUGACGGUCUGGAUGAGUGUCGACUUCCUCUGGACUUCCACAACAAUGAGUUCAUGACUGACGUUACAGAGUCCACCUCAGUGGACGUGCUGCUGACAAACCUCAUCAGGAGGAACCUGCUUCCUUCUGCUCGUCUCUGGAUCACCACACGACCCGCAGCAGCCAAUCAGAUCCCUCCUGAGUGUGUCUCCAUGGUGACGGAGGUCAGAGGGUUCACUGACCCACAGAAGGAGGAAUACUUCAGGAAGAGGUUCAGAGAUGAGGAGCAGACCAGGAUCAUCUCCCACAUCAAGACAUCACGGAGCCUCCACAUCAUGUGCCACAUCCCAGUAUUCUGCUGGAUCACUGCUUCGGUCCUGGAGAACGUCCUGAAAACCAGAGAGGCAGGGGGGCUGCCCAAGACCCUGACUGAGAUGUACAUCCGCUUCCUGGUGGUCCAGGCCAAACUGAAGAAGGUCAAGUUUGACGGAAGAGCUGGGACGGAUCCACACUGGAGUGAAGAUACCAGGAACAUGGUGGAGUCUCUGGGAAAACUGGCUUUUGAGCAGCUGCAGAAAGGAAACCUGAUCUUCUAUGAACCAGACCUGAGAGAGUGUGGCAUCAAUGUCAGAGAGGCUUCAGUGUACUCAGGAGUGUUCACCCAGAUCUUUAGAGAGGAGAGCCUGGACCAGGACCAGGUCUUCUGCUUCAUCCAUCUGAGUGUUCAGGAGUUUCUGGCUGCUCUUCAUGUCCAUCAGACCUUCAUCAGCUCUGGAGUCAACCUGCUGGAGGAAGAGAAGAACAUAUUCUGGUGGUUUAAAAAAAGAGCAGACACUCACCUCUACCAGAGUGCUGUGGACAAGGCCUUACAGAGUCCCAACGGACACCUGGACUUGUUCCUGCGCUUCCUCCUGGGUCUUUCACUGGAGACCAAUCAGAACCUCCUACGAGGUCUGAUGGAACCAGAACAAAGAAGUUCACAGAACAAUCAGGAAACAGUUAAAUACAUCAAGAAGAAGAUCAGUGAUGACCUGUCUGCAGAGAGAAGCAUCAACCUGUUCCACUGUCUGAAUGAACUGAACGAUGGUUCUCUGGUGGAGGAGGUCCAACGGUACCUGAGGUCUGGACGUCUCUCCACAGAUGAACUGUCUCCUGCUCAGUGGUCGGCUCUUGUCUUCAUCUUACUGUCAUCAGGAGAUCUGGAGGAGUUUGACCUGAAGAAGUUCUCAGCUUCAGAGCAGGCUCUACGGAGGCUGCUGCGAGACGUGGCUGUGUGGUCUCACAUCUGCUUUUUCAUCAACAACGGCUGGUGCAAGGAUGUGACAGUUAUGCAGCAACACUGUUCUCCCGAUCUGGAAAUUUUUAUUAUAAACUGCAAACCCUUCUACUCUCCCCGUGAGUUCAGCUCAUUCAUCCUGGUCGGCGUUUACAUCACACCGCAGGCCCACGUGCAGGAUGCUCAGCGCGUGCUCGCCGACCACAUACUGAACGUGGAGCGGACUAACCCGGACUCCUUAGUUACUGUCCUCGGUGACUUUAACAAAGGUAACCUCAGCCACGAACUCCCUAAAUACAGACAGCUAAUUAAAUGCCCGACCAGAGAGGGAAAAAUCUUGGAUCACUGUUACUCUACAGUGAGCAGAGCCUAUCAUGCCGUCCCCCGAGCUGCACUGGGACACUCAGACCACCUCAUGGUCCACCUGAUUCCAGCAUAUAAGCAGAAAUUAAAGCUCUGCAAACCUGCUGUGAGGACCUCAAAGCAGUGGACCAGGAAAGCUACGGAGGAUCUUCAGGCAUGUUUGGACUCUACUGACUGGGAUGUUUUCAGGACUUCUUCCAGCAGCCUGGACGAGCUCACAGAGGCUGUUACAUCUUACAUCAGCUUCUGUGAGGACAGUUGUAUUCCAACACGAACCAGGGUUGUUUAUAACAAUGACAAACCCUGGUUUUCUUCUAAGCUCAGAAGGUUGCGGCUGCAGAAGGAAGAAGCGUUCAGGAGUGGCGACAAGGACAGGCUCAAAAAGGCAAAGUACACGUUCAGCAAGGAGGUGAGAGCAGCUAAACGUCUGUACUCUGAGAAACUACGCCAACAGUUCUCAGAUAAUGAUGCCAGCUCAGUCUGGAAAGGACUGAGACAGAUAACAAACUACAAACCCAGAGCCCCCCCCUCCAUCAACGACCGACGCCUAGCCAACAACCUGAACCAGUUCUACUGUCGCUUUGAAAGACAAAGGGACAGUCCUGAUACCAUCCCCCCAGACUACAUUCACAUUCCCCAGUCCCAUUCCUCCAACAGCCCCCCCCCCUCCCCAGAUUCAGAUGUGGAGCAGCUUUCUGAUCUGGUGAAGAGUCCAGACUACCAGCUGCAGUAUCUCAGGUGGAGAUAUGGUUUGAGUGUCCAGGACGGACGAGUCGUGUCCUGA